UUGGGUUACUUGCAUUGGCGUACUUUCGACUGCUGACUUCCGUACACAUACGCUGAAGAUCAUCGUCGUCGUUCUGAAUCUGUGCCAGUCUUCUCCCUCCGGAUUUCCUGUGUGUCUCCGAGAAUUUUGGCUCGCGGGUGGGGAAAAGCUGCACAAAUUGUGUCCUCACAGAAAAGAAAUUGAAGAUUGAGGAAGAGUCGAGAGUUCUACAUCCGGUUCAUGGAUCUUGCUACACGCCGUUGUAAUGCAUCGCCUACCCCGAAUUUUUGCGCAUAGUUCCAACAGGCGGGAAUCUGGAGUUGAAAUAAGCUCCGGCGCGAGUUCUAGCUCGAGCAAUCAAGCUGGAAAACCGAAGCGGAGGCUCGAACGGCUCAAUGCGAAGAAGAACAUUGAUUACGAGUUCUCUCCUACUUCUACUGCUGGUUAUUCAUCUUCCUCGCACUACUCUUCUGAGGAAUCACAGCGUACGCGCUCGCUCGAGUUGUAUGAAGGCAAGACGAGCUUCCGCAUGGAUGGAUUCGAUGGUGAGUUUGAGGCUAUCUGCGAAAGGUUAGGUUUUUCGGGGAUUGAUGAUUUUGCUAUACCUACAGAAGAGUACGAUGCAAUGAAGGUGAGAUCUUCUUCUUCUCCUGUCGUGUUUAAUAACACAAUAGAGCAUUAUUUAAUAGAUCGGAAAACGGAAGCUAAUUUCGAUGAGGUAGUUGCGUUCUCGGCCGACGGCGGCGGUUCUGGUGCUGUUGAUGCAGUCUGUCGAGAUAUUGAGGGAAAUGAUUUGUAUGUGGGAUUAGCGGAAACCAACGAUUCUAUUAGUAAGAAUUGUAAAGAAUCCUGUGAUUAUUCUGUUACUAUGGAUAGAAAUAGAGCUAAAUUUCUUGGUAGUGAUGUGAUGUUGAGCAAUGAUAUCAGUGGAAGAUUCAAUGAACUACGUGGAAAUGGUAUCAAAGGUGUGCGGCCACCGGUGCUGGCACCGCCUCCUUCAAUGUCGUUGCCCGUGAUUGAUAAAGAUUGCUCGACGUGGGAUAUAUUUAGAUCAUUUGCUCCAGACAGUGACACUAGCAUUUCAAGGUUUGAAAGUGGAUUUUGCUUUGAUGAGGAAGGUGAUCAGGAGAGGACUGAUAAUGAGGGCCAGGAGGAGGAUCGGAGGAGAAGGACAAUGGGGAGGCAAGAUAGCUAUGUCUUCUCAGGGUCAUGUUCUUUCAACACAACUUCAAAUGAUGAUGACUCUUCUAGUACCACAACGGACCCAACAUCAAGUAUUUCACCUAAUGGAAGGUUUAGACCGCAUAUUAUGGGAUGGCAAAAGGGUGGACUCUUGGGUUGUGGAUCCUUUGGAUCUGUCUAUGAAGGAAUUUCUGAUGAAGGAUUUUUUUUCGCUGUGAAGGAGGUAUCUUUGCUUGAUCAGGGAGAUGAAGCGAAGCAACGAAUUAUUCAACUUGAACAGGAAAUUGCUCUGCUGAGUCAGUUUGAACAUGAAAAUAUUGUCCAGUAUUAUGAAACGAAGAAGGAUGAAUCGCAUCUCUAUAUUUUUCUUGAACUUGUUACUAAAGGCUCGCUUUUGAGCCUUUAUCAGAAAUAUGUCCUCUGGGAUUCUCAAGUAUCUGCUUAUACAAGGCAGAUAUUACACGGUUUGAAGUAUCUGCAUGACAGAAAUGUGGUGCACAGAGAUAUCAAAUGUGCAAAUAUAUUGGUGGGCGCAGAUGGUUUGGUGAAACUAGCAGAUUUUGGUCUUGCAAAGGCGACUAAAUUGACUGAUGUGAAUUCUUGCAAAGGAACUGCAUUCUGGAUGGCUCCAGAGGUUGUUGGGAACCUUAGCUAUGGGCUUGCGGCAGAUAUUUGGAGCCUUGGAUGUACUGUCUUGGAGAUGCUAACGAGACGUUUCCCAUACUCCAAUUUUGAAUGGAUGGCUGCAUUAUUCAAGAUAGGGAAUGGCGAAAGACCAUCUGUUCCUGAUUCUCUUUCCUACGAUGCACGAGACUUCAUACUUAAAUGCCUACAAGUUGACCCAAGUUUACGACCAACUGCUGCACAGCUCCUGAAUCAUCCCUUUGUGAAGCAACCCUUACACUCCUUUUCAGGCUUUACAUCUCCUCAAAGUUUUACAGGACAGCAGAUUUAAUCAACAUAUAGAUUUUCAUUCGACAUCGAGGAUGAUUGCUUCUCUUCAAUCUUCCAUCGACUCUCCAUGCGAUGACGAUUCUGGAGAAUUUUCCCAAGACUGCUGAGGGAAGCUUUCUUUGUAUCAGUGCUGCUGAUCUUGUGCUCUUUUCAUCCAAGGACAUCAACACUGGUGUCUGUCUUUUGAUAGUGACCUACAUUUUUUCACAGUUAACGGUAACAGGGGAUUGUAAAGAUCCAUUCAGCGACUACUGUAGUGACAUAUUUAUAUAGUUGCAUAAAUGCUUCUGUAACUAUUUGUACCUUCUGCUCAUGUUGCUUGCUGUACAUAUUUGUAAUUAAUAAUAUGAUUCUUUGGUAAUGCUGCA